CAAACCAGCGGCGACCCCAAUAUUAAUUUAUUCAUAUACAGUACCAUAUUUCAUGUUGCCACUAUAAUAUCAUGCUCUGUUCUGCUGUAUAAGCAAACAGACUGUCAGGCUUCCAAAUUAACCAAAAAAAAAAAAUAGCAACUCCAAUUCAACGCAGAGCGUAUUAAACCAAAAUUAAAAAAGAGAAGACGUUACUGUUUUGUUGAUUCUUUUUGAUUUUCGAUGCGUUUGAGGAUCCUAUUAUAAUGGAAGAUGAUGAAGAAGAGGAUUCUCGAAAUUAAACGUUUUCAGUUAUGAUGUUAAAGGCAAAAAGAGAUUUAAGGCCGCUUUUGGUGAAAUUUGGACUGGCUGUUGCUCUCUCUUUUGCUGGAUUCCUUUUUUCCCGACUUAGAACCCGAAAGUUCAGACCAUAUUUGCCUCGCCCUCCAUCACCACGCGUUUCAGAUCGUGGCAGUAAGGUUGAUUCCGGAGGGAAAGAUCAGUAUAAAGAUGACGCUCAAGCCUUAAAGAUAUCACCAACUUCCGGCCCUGAAGAGAUGCACAUGCAACGAGCUAGUGUUGAUAAUGCUUCUGUUGGUCUUUCCCCAAGCAUUAGACACGGUGGAGAUGGGUUUCUCGUGCCAGAGUUUAAUGUUCUUGUCGAGGAAUAUGACUUUUCUGCUACCGGUGCUGGGCCUUCUCCUAAGAAGGAAGUAGAGACACCAAGGUCAGAUGUGGAUGCUUCAAGAACAUUUAGAAGUGCUGAAAAGGAUAAUUAUGAGGAAGAGAUUAAGCAUCUUAGAAAUAUGGUAAGAAUGCUUAGAGAGAGGGAGAGGAAUCUCGAGGUCCAGUUACUGGAGUAUUAUGGCCUUAAAGAGCAAGAAACUGCAGCUUUGGAGCUCCAAAACCGCUUGAAGAUAAACAAUAUGGAGGCUAAGCUUUUCACUCUCAAGAUUGAGUCCUUACAGUCAGAAAAUCGAAGAUUAGAGAGCCAAGUCGCUGAUCAUGCAAAAGUUGUAGCUGAGCUUGAAACUGCAAGAUCCAGAAUUAAGCUGCUUAAGAAGAAACUUAGGCAUGAGGCGGAGCAGAACAGGGAGCAGAUCCUAAAUCUUCAAAAGAGGGUUGCUAGAUUGCAAGAGCAAGAACUCAAGGCUCUUGCAGAUAAUCAGGAUAUUGAAUCAAAGUUGCAAAGGCUAAAGGUUUUGGAAGGUGAGGCAGAAGAGUUGAGGAAAUCUAAUAGGAGUUUGCAGACAGAAAAUUCUGAGCUGGCUCAGAAGUUGGAGUCCACCCAAAUCCUUGCAAAUUCUGUUUUGGAGGAUCCUGAGACAGAAGCAUUGAAUGAAAUGAGCAACUGUCUGAGGCAAGAAAAUGAAGACUUGACAAAGCAAAUUGAGCAGCUUCAAGCAGAUAGAUGUGCUGAUGUUGAAGAACUGGUGUAUCUCCGUUGGAUAAAUGCUUGCUUGCGGUAUGAGCUGAGGAAUUAUCAACCCCCUCCCGGGAAAACCGUUGCUAGAGACCUAAGCAAAAGCCUAAGCCCAAAGUCGGAGGAGAAAGCCAAAAAACUGAUACUUGAAUAUGCACAUACUGAAGGAAUGGGGGAUAGAGGGAUGAAUAGCAUGGAUUUUGAUUGUGAUCAAUGGUCUUCCUCGCAAGCUUCCUAUGGUACUGACACUGGAGAACUAGAUGAUUCUUCAUUUGAGAAUUCAUCCGCUACAAAAACCACCAAUUCAGGAAAAAUUAAGUUUUUCAAGAAUCUGAGGAGACUACUGCGGGGAAAAGACAGUCAUCAUCAUCAUAGCCAGGUUUCAUCAACAAGCAAAACUGAUCAUCUAGAAGAUGUUGAUUCUCCAACUUGGAGUUCCGGUAGAGGGAACGAUUCUAUAACCAUGCUACAAAGCCACAGUGAUAGAGUUACAACUCCAUCUCUGAGUUCAUGUAGACCCUCUUUGGAUAUUCCAAGAUGGAGGAGUCUGAAUGUUGAUCAUAUUAAAGAUGUGGAAAACUUUCGAAGAAGUAGCGACGGCAGUUCUUAUGGAUAUAAAAGAUUCAUAUUAGGCAGGGAUGAUGCAUCUGAGUCUCCCCUUGAACACCUACUCGAUCAAGACUCGGACUCCAAAUCUGACUUGGUCAAGUUCGCGGAAGUUUUAAAAGAAUCAGAACCACGAAGAGGAAAGAUUCACAAGAAAUCAGCAAGCAUCAUAUAAGUUUAGUUGAUAGUGAUAUGUAUAGCUUCUUGUUAUACAUAGUUAGCCCUCAUGUAACAUACCACUCUACUGCUGAAAAUCCAAUAGUUAAUCGUCAUGUAACAUAUCGCUCUACUGCUGAACUCCAAAUAGAAACACUUGAAAAAGCAUUAAAACCAAAUUACCACUUCCAUA